AUGUACCUCUUUCUGGGGAACUUGUCCUGCUUGGAGACCAGCUUCACUUCAACCAUCCUGCCCAGGGUGUUGGCCAGUCUCCUGACUGGGGACAGAAACAUUUCUGUUACUGGCUGUAUCACUCAAUUUCAUUUCCUUGGUCUUUGUUUGGGAGUUGAAUGUUAUCUCUUGGCACUUAUGUCCUCUGACCGGUACUUAGCAAUAUGCAAACCACUACACUACACAGGUCUUAUGAAUAGCAAAAUCUGCCUGCAGUUAGUAGCUGUGUCCUGGAUGAGUGGAUUUAUGAUAAUUACCAUAGUUACAUGUUUAAUGUCACAGUUACAUUUCUGUGGCCCCAAUGAAAUUAACCAUUUCCUUUGUGAUUUUACCCCAGUGAUUAAACUCUCCUGCACUGACACCAGCCUGAUCACACUCGUGACGUUUAUAUUGUCUUCCAUAUACACCCUGCCCCUGUUUCUAUUAACUCUGGCAUCCUACAUUUGUAUCAUCUCCAUCAUCCUGAGAAUCCCGUCCACCACCGGGAGGAGAAAGGCAUUUUCCACUUGCUCCUCUCACCUCAUUGUGGUGACAAUCUACUAUGGGACGCUAAUCAUUGUCUAUAUGUUUCCAGACACUGACACACUUAGAGACCUUAACAAAGUGUUCUCUCUCUUCUACACAGUCCUAACUCCCCUGGUCAAUCCCCUCAUCUACAGCCUGAGAAACAAAGAGGUCAAGGUGGCUCUGAGAAAAGUCAUCAGCAAUGUAUGGAGCUUAUAG